AAAAAAAAAAAUUGACAAACAUCAACAUCACAGACCAAAAAAAAAAUUAAAUUAUAUUUUCUUUUUUUACUAAGUUUUGUUUGUGUAAAUGUGAAUUUUCUUUUUAUAAAACGUAAAUAGAUAUUGAAGUCAAGAAAAAUAAAACACAUUUUAUAGUUAUAUUAAUUUUAUUACUUUAGAAUGAAUAAAGAAAGAGGUUCAAAUUGGAACCAUAGGAAAUGGGAUCACAAACGUGGACCACACAGAGGCGGAUUCAAGCGUGGCGGCGCCGGGAGGGGACCUGCUAACCAAGGGUUUUAUAACUCGCAGCAGUAUAAUAAUUUUGAUGGAUUUCGUGGCGAUAACUCUGCGGUCAAUAAUUAUGGCGCUAGGAAUAACUAUAAUCAACAAUGGCAAAAUACUCCCGGCAAAAGGUUGACAGAGAAAGAUAUUGGUGUAACUGAGUAUGUUAGCGAUCAUGAAGGAUUUAGUGGAAUUAUUAAAGCGAGGUAUUCUGAUUUCCAAGUGGCAGAAAUAAAUGAAAAAGGUGAAAUAGCCAAAUUGACAGAUUUGGAACCGCCAAAACCUCCCACGGACGAUACUGUGGAUGAGGAUGAGGAUCUUCUGCUUUCUAAGUAUAAUGUGGAAAUACUUCCAAUGGAGACUUGGGAUAGAAUCAAUAAAUUAGUUGUAACUGAAGACUCAACAGAAAAAGUUGAAAUUGAUGUGACUGGAAUGACUAAGGAACAAAGAACGAAGAUACAUGAUGCUGCAAAGAAAGCAUUUGGUCAAAGUAUAGUUGGUAGCACAGUCAGUGUGGAUGACAAGAAGUUUGUUCGCUUUGAAAAAUACAGAAAAGGAGUACGUAUAGACAACAGAGUAAAGUGGGUGUGGCCUGGAGAGUAUGUGUAUUUCAUAGUGCACAAAGAGAACUGCGAUACUAUGGAUGCAGCCAGGCGGAUUGCGGAAAAACUUAGGAUCAACAUGUCGCCGGCGAUGCUGGGCUACGCGGGCACGAAGGACCGGCGCGCCAAGACGUCGCAGUGGUUCAGCGCGCGCAAGGUGGACCCGCGCCGCCUGGCCGCCGCCGCGCGCGCGCUGCCCGGCCUGCUGCUCGGCAACUACAGCUUCGCGCGCGCGCCGCUCAAGCUGGGCAUGCUGCGCGGCAACAGGUUCCGCAUAGCGCUGCGCGAUGUGCGCGCGGACGACGAGCACGUGCAGCGCUGCGUGCAGCUGUUGCGCGAGCGCGGCUUCGUCAACUACUACGGGCUGCAGCGCUUCGGCGCGCACGCAGCCGCGCCCACGCACGCCAUCGGGCUGUGCCUCGCGCGCGGCGAGCUGCGUGCCGCGCUCGACUGCGUACUGCGCGCGCCCUCCGCGCAUGCGCACCGCGGCCUGCGCCGCGCGCUCGCCGCCAACCCGCGCGACCUGCUCGGCGCGCUGCACGCGUUGUCGCGCAACACGCGGCUGUUGUACCUGCACUCGUACCAGUCGCUGGUGUGGAACCGCGCCGUGUCGGAGCGACUGCGCCGGUUCGGGCUGCGACCCGCCGUCGGCGACCUCGUGCCUCCUGCACGGCCGCGAGGGCGAUCAUCUACUCGGUACGGAUUAUAUUCUUCAACUACCUAUUUCUGUUUUAAAUACGAGUCGAUCAGAGAUGAUCUCGGUGAGGAAUUAGAUGCUGGAGAGGAUGCCGGAGAGGAUCUUAGUGAUUCAGAGACACAUUUGGAAGAUAUUCAAGAAGAAACUAUGGAACCUAUGGAUCCUAUGGAAAGCACGUCAGAUAGUGCAGAGCAAGACAAUAAAUCUAUAGAAAAUAAAGAGGGAACAAAACCUAAAAUACCUGUAAAAAUUCUUACAGAAGAGGAUAUAGAAAGUGGAAAGUAUACGAUUUUCGACAUUAUUAUGCCACUUCCAGGGUAUAAUAUCGAGUAUCCGCCGAACAUGAAGGACUAUUAUGUAGAAUUGUUGCAGAAGGAUGGAUUAACUACUGAGUUAAAACAAAAAAUCAAGGAGUUGAGCCUGUCUGGUGCGUACCGACGCGUGGUGGUGCGGCCGGGCGCGCUGUCGCACCGCGCCGUGCGCUACAGCGACCCGCGCGCCGACCUGCUGCUCUCCGACCGCGACCGCCUCGCGCGCCGCACGCGCACCGCCGCCGCGCCCGGUGAGUACGCACCACACCGCGCCGCGCCGCACGCCGCACGCCGCACGCCGCCGUGCUGCGCGCCGUGCGCUACAGCGACCCGCGCGCCGACCUGCUGCUCUCCGACCGCGACCGCCUCGCGCGCCGCACGCCGCACCGCCGCCGCGCCCGCCUCCGCACCACACCUGCUGCUCUCCGACCGCGACCGCCUCGCGCGCCGCACGCGCACCGCCGCCGCGCCCGGUGAGUACGCACCACACCGCACGCCGCACGCCGCACGCCGCACUACACACUACGUGCUGCACGCACCGCGCCGUGCGCUACAGCGACCCGCGCGCCGACCUGCUGCUCUCCGACCGCGACCGCCUCGCGCGCCGCACGCGCACCGCCGCCGCGCCCGCGACCCGCGCGCCGACCUGCUGCUGCGCUCCGACCGCGCGCCGACCUGCUGCUCGACGCGCCGCCUCGCGCGCCGCACGCGCGCCGCCGCGCCCGGUGAGUACCUGCACGCACCGCGCCGUGCGCUACAGCGCGCGCCGACCUGCUGCUCUCCGACCGCGACCGCCUCGCGCGCCCCACGCGCACCGCCGCCGGGCGCGGUGAGUUCGCACGCCGCACGCCGCACGCCGCACGCCGCACGCCGCACGCCGCACUACACACUACGUGCUGCACGCACCGCGCCGUGCGCUACAGCGACCCGCGCGCCGACCUGCUGCUCUCCGACCGCGACCGCCUCGCGCGCCGCACGAGCACCGCCGCCGCGCCCGGUGGGGACGCCACACGCCGCACGCCGCACGCCGCACGCCGCACUACACACUACGUGCUGCACGCACCGCGCCGUGCGCUACAGCGACCCGCGCGCCGACCUGCUGCUCUCCGACCGCGACCGCCUCGCGCGCCGCACGCGCACCGCCGCCGCGCCCGGUGAGUACGCACCACACCGCACGCCGCACGCCGCACGCCGCACGCCGCACGCCGCACUACACACUACGUGCUGCACGCACCGCGCCGUGCGCUACAGCGACCCGCGCGCCGACCUGCUGCUCUCCGACCGCGACCGCGCGCCGCACGCGCACCGCCGCCGCGCCCGCGACCCGCGCGCCGACCUGCUCUCCGCCGCCGCGCCCGGUGAGUACGCUCUCCGACCGCGACCACACCGCACGCCGCACGCCGCACGCCGCACGCCGCACGCCGCACUACACACUACGUGCUGCACGCACCGCGCCGUGCGCUACAGCGACCCGCGCGCCGACCUGCUGCUCUCCGACCGCGACCGCCUCGCGCGCCGCACGCGCACCGCCGCCGCGCCCGACGGUGAAUAUAAGGCGUUGCUUCUCACAAUGUCGCUACCGUCAAGCUGCUACGCGACCAUGGCGCUCCGAGAACUACUCAGGGUAGAUACGUCCUCCGAUACUCAAGCUUCAAAGAACGAUUAUUACAUAAAGAAAGAAAGCAUUACAGAGAGUGUGACAAAAGAUGUGAAGCUUGAUCCUGUGGAGACAGACACAGAAGCUACAUUAAAAGCAGUGUCUGUAAGUGAGAGUGGGGAAAAAAGAAAGCUAGAGAGUGAAAGUGAAGGUGAGAUUAAGAAGAGUAAGAAAGAAGAUCCGAGUGAUAAUAUGAAGUGCGAUGGUGAUGUUAAGGAAGGAGAAAAGAUUGAUAAAGACGAAUAAAUAGUAAUUUAUUA